UAAGAGAAUCAUGGAUUGACAAAACACAUAACAUUCACUCAUUACCCAUUUGGCAAUUUGUUUGUGUUAUCCUUCAUCUUCUUUAUUAAAUAAGCUUUUCUUUUUCUCUUUUCUUUUUGUUUUUGGGUUCUUGUUCUUGUUUUAUCUUUUGUUCUCCUCCUCCUUCCUUCCUUCCUUGUUGCUGGUCUGGUCUGGUCUAGUCCCUCUCACUCUUUCACUCAUCAGACCCUCCUCUUCUUCUAUUAUCUCUUUCUUUCUUUCUUUCAAUCAUCUUCUUCCCCCAUCAACUUAGGCGGAUUAAUCGGUGCACAGAUCCAAGAAAAGAAAAAAAGAAAGGAUUGUUGAGAUGGAAGGAGGCGAAUUCAGAAGCUGGGAUGAACUAUUACCAGAUGCACUUGGGCUAAUCUUUAAGAAACUAUCUCUUCAAGAUAUUCUGACUGUGAUUCCUAGAGUUUGCAAAUCAUGGGGGAAUGUUGUUGCUGGACCUUACUGUUGGCAAGAGAUUAAUAUUGAGGAUUGGAGCCGAUUGCAGUCACAGGACAAGAUUAAUCGUAUGGUUGAAUUGCUUGUUACUAGAAGCUGUGGUUCUGUUCGUAAGCUUGGGGUUACAGGGCUUUCAAGUGAGCGUAUGUUGUCCUUCAUUGCGAACCAUGCUAGAAACCUUCAGACUCUGCGUCUACCUUCGAGUCAACUAAGCAGUCCAUUAGUGGAACAAGUUGCAGCGAAACUAACCAGCAUUACGUUCUUAGACUUGAGCCACUGUGAGAAAAUCAGUGGUCCUGCAUUGGAAGUGAUUGGCAAGAACUGCAAAUUCCUCUCAGGGCUUAGACGGGUCAUGCGUCCACUUGAGGUUGUAGACAAAGAUUCCCAAGAUGACGAAGCUCAUGCAAUUGCAACCACCAUGCCGAAAAUGAAAUACCUCGAAAUGGCUUACUUAGUUCUCAGCACAGGUGCCGUCCUUGAGAUCAUCUCAAACUGCAAGGAUUUGGAAUACAUUGACUUGAGAGGCUGCUGGGAUGUAAAGCUCGACGAGAAAGUCCUAAAGGAGAGACGCCCCAAAUUGGAAGUGGUUGGACCAGUUGUAGACGAAGGCAGUUGCUGGGAUAUGGAUGAUUGUUCGUACUAUUCAGAUUCUUCUGAUUACUUGGCUUGGGAUUUCGUCGCUGGUGGAAUUGCAGAUUACGAUGACUUGAGUUCUGAUGGUUGGGAUGAUGAGCAGAGACUCGAAGAACUUGAAAUGAGGUUUUAUGAAGGAGUUAACCAAGACAUCUGGGAUCAUUCAAUCUUUUAAGCUUGCCCUGUCCAGUCCUACCCUUAGUGAAGAAGGUAACGUAUGGAAGUAGUUCUCGACUUCUUUAAUAUUGCUGCUGCUUCUAGUACUAGUUUACUUGGGUGUAUUUUACUAGUAAUUCUGAGUUUAAUUUGCAACUUCUUGUAAUUUGCUUGGAACUUUUAUAUUGCUUAAAAGGAUGUAUUUGUUUCAGUAUCUUAUCUAUAUGAAGUUGUGUUGUUCUCUA